CGUGUCGCCGCUCCAACCAUCCAGCCUUUCCCAUCCAUCUACCCUUCCUAUCCCAUCCCAGAAUUGACUUUCGCCCAUCAUAUCUGUUCGUUUCGUCUCUCUUUUUCAUUUUGGUGAUCUGAGGCUCCUCUGUCACUCGAGUCCUUACCUGCAUAGGGGGGUCCCUGGUUCUUCUUCCCCGACCGGCAGGACGCCGUCGCCCUUUCUUACGCGCUCCGUUGGUUCAUCCCUCCAAAUAGCGCUGUGCCAAUCUCACCCCUCCUGUCUAUCUGUACCCUCGCAUUCUUUCUCAUCUUCUUUAUCCCCACUCCUUUGGGAGAGAUUAAAAUAUUUUAUUUACAACCUUCGCUUUUACUUUUAAAUUUUCUGUUAUUUUUUCUGUUUUAAAUUAAAAAAGAAAAUUAUUAAAGGGGGGAAGCCCAAGAAAGGAGCCUAGCAAACACAGUCGUUUAUUCCAUCGCGCUUUCGAAUUUCUUUUUUCUUUCUUUCCUUUUUUUUUCUCGUCUCCCUCUCUUCUAUUCGGCGGCGCUUCCCUGGGUUUCAACUCGCGCCACUAAUAGACACAAAGACGAGUAACCCCACGUCUAAUCGCUAUUGAUCCUGCCUUCGGUGUUUCAUCUACGUUCUUAACCCUUGUGUGAUACGCUCACACUGUAUCCCUCAUGGGUCGGAGAAAGAUCGAGAUCAAGGCGAUCAAGGAUGAUCGCAACCGCUCAGUUACGUUUCUGAAGCGGAAGGGUGGUCUUUUCAAGAAGGCUCAUGAGCUAGCAGUACUAUGCUCGGUAGAUGUUGCGGUCAUCAUAUUCGGUCACAACAAGAAGCUAUAUGAAUUCUCAUCAUGUGACAUGCGCGAGACUCUGGGUCGUUAUCAAUAUUUCGGCCCUCCACAUGAGCACAAAGGCCCCGAGGACUUUAACGGCCGGCGCGACGACGAUGAUGACGAAGAUGAGACCACACCUGCCCCUGAAGAGAUGCACCCAACACCACCACAAAACAACCCCCCGAUAAUCCAUACCCAUAUCCCUAGUCAUCCCGGUUUCCAACAUGUUAAUCAUGCGCCUUCCGCGUCUCCUCCCAUUCCAAAUGGAUUACCAUUUGAUCCGCGCCACGGUACCCCUCAACCUCAAGGGGUUUCCAGACCGUCAUCAAGAAAUCACAUUCGCCGAGUCAGCUCCAAUAUCGGGACACAACAUCAUGCCACGCCUCCCCCGCCACCGCCGCCCCAGAAUGGAUUUGCCUAUAUGCCUAACCCUUCGGUGUAUAAUCCGAAUGCCCAUCACGCCUUAAGUCAACAAUCUCGACCCGGUCAGUUCGCACACUUUGCCCCUCCGCAUGGUGUGCAUCAUGCAGCCCCACCUCAUCAACAUCAGCCUAUGCCACCCCAAUCCAUGCCACCUCACACGAUGCCGCCUCAGGCAAUUCCACCGCAUAUUCAACAGCAUCCUCAGCAUCCACAUAUCCUUGCGCAGCAAUCACAAAUGGGUCUUUCGCAACCGCAUCAUCCCCAAAUGGCACAGGUCGCCCAAGCAUAUAUACCGGAGCAGGGGAGAGGUUCAAUGCCACCCGCAUUCCCAUCGGAGCAGCAGCAGCAACAGCAACAGCAACAGCAACAACAGCAGCAGCAGCCCCAGCGUACCGUAUCGCUUCCUGAGGCUCCCGCAACGGAUCAAUUACCGGGUACGAUGAAAACUGAAGACAGCCAGUCACCACCGCAGCAGAGGUCGAUAUCGUCGAAAUCACGUAGUAUAUUUACGCCAAUUGAUGAUCGUGGUUCGGUUUUGGCUCGUCACUUUGGAUUUGGUCCCCCAACAUCGCCGCACAAUGAAAGCUUACAAGCAAAGCUGGAACAUUCACAUGACGAGCAAAAGGACAAGCCCGGCCAGCCAGUGGCACCUCCACCUCCGCCACGAGCUUCAACGGAAGCGCCUCGCUCACAGUCUGUGGCCGAUAUUAAACCGCCUACCCGAAUUAACAGCGGACAAUUGCCCUCAAAGCGUCCACAGUUAAAGGUGCAAAUACCCAGUGAGAAUUCGGAUCGAGGCAGUGCGACGGCAGAUUCAUCUUCCCGCGAUUCCGCAGGGAAUAAGACACUCACACCUGCGAAAGCCAAUGCCGACGGCAACCAUUCCGGUGUAGUAUUACCACCGCCUUCGCCUUCCGCUGGUGCUAUUCUCAGUGCAGGUGCCCAGGGACCGCCGAAUCCAUUUGCUAGGCCGCCUCCCCCGGCCUCAGCCGCCCAGAACAACAAUGCAUACAACAGUAACAACAACAACAUAGAAACGCCGAUAUCUGCGCUUCCAAGCCGCUUUGUGUCAGAUGCGCUUCUUCCUUCUCCAUCUAGCUUCUUCUCUGAAUGGGGCUUUGGCAGGACUGGUCCGGACAGCAACAUACUUCCCAGCCCUCUGGCCUUUCCUACUCCUGCCGUUCAAACAGGCCCCAGCUUUGCGCGAGAAGAUGAACAAGAUAAAAAGCGCAAGAGCCCCGAUAGUGGACCGAGUACGGAAGGAGCACCGAAAAAGGCAAAGACAUAAGCUCUCUUGUCAUCUCGAUUGAUGAUCGCCGUCUUGUUCUUUCUUUCACUGUCUCAACUAUGGCAUCUCGUGGCGUUAAGGAAGGCGUGGUUACCUAAUCCUGGUGAGCGAGUUGGAUAUGUGUCUUCUAUUCCUUGGAUAUUAUUUCCCCUUUCCGAGUCCUCUCUACUUUCGCCUUGGCUUCCGCUUCCUUUCCAACCUUAUACCCCUUCCUUUUGCCGUUCGAUCUUAUUGCAGAACUUGCCUCAAGCGCUUGUUUUCGAAAAGCUCUUUGCGCAUGAGAUUCCCAGCAUCUCACGUCUUUUCCUUCUUUUGACCAGGACAGAAUAACUUUGGAUCACUUUCAUUAAACAUUGGCGGGGGGUGGGCGUUUCAAUUUCAGCUUAUCUUUUAUAUUCAGUAAUGUAUAUAAGGAUUUUCAAUUAGGAAUAAAAUUUAGGAUGGGAUAAUCCGGCGCCGUAGG